AUGGUUGGAGUCAUUUCGGCCGCCGGUCUGGUCGGCUUCCUUUCCGAGCCAGACCCGGAGCUCAAGGUCUUUGCUUUGAAAUCAUUAGAUUCCCAGAUCGAUCUGCUCUGGACAGAAGUCGUGAAUGCCGUUCCUGAAAUUGAGGCUUUAUACGAAGAUGAAUCAUUCUCAGAACGUGAACUCGCGGCUCUAGUUGCCUCGAAGGUAUACUAUCACUUGCAGGAAUAUAAUGAGAGCAUGGUCCUUGCUCUGGGUGCGGGCAAGUUGUUCAAGCUUGACAACGGUGGCGAGUAUGAGGAGACCAUUAUCGCUAAAUGCGUGGAUACUUUUAUCUCCCUAUCCGCCGCCCAGAAACCAAGCGCCGGCGACCACUCUGCCGCCCUGAACCAGUCCUUCCCUGCAUCCGGCGACGGGGCCACAAGCACAUCAGCAAGCCUGACAUCUCCUAUUACACCGUUCUCUAAGUCUGCUUUGCCUUCUAAGUCCUUGCUAUCACGCCAAGAAGUACCCGGCAUUGACGCCGCCCACCCCGGAGGCGACGAUACUAGCGUUCAGCAUGAGGAGACUCCAUUGGUCUUGAAGCGUGGUGUUCAGGGACAAUUACAGACUGUCAUUGAGCGACUGUUUGAGGAAUGUUUCCGCCAGAAGCGCUACCGCCAGGUCAUUGGAAUCGCCAUCGAGGCCAAAAGUUUAGAGGUUCUGCGUAUGGCCAUCAUUCGCGCCAGCGAGGACGAGAAGAAGCAGGAGGGUGAAUCUCGUCGCAGCGAGGAGUUAAUGGAGUAUGUCUUGGAUAUUUGCAUGGGCAUUGUCCAGGAGCGGGCUUUCCGUAACGAGAUCUUGAAACUUAUUCUGGAGCUCCUUAACGAAAUCCCGGCACCCGAUUAUUUCUCCAUCGCCAAGUGCGUUGUAUACCUUAAUGAGCACUCGAUGGCGUCCGUUAUCCUGCGCCAGCUUGUUGAGAAGGGUGACCCCCGAUCUCUGGCUGUCGCUUACCAAAUUUCCUUUGACCUCUACGAUAACAGCACCCAAGAGUUCCUUCAAAAGGUUCGCCAAGAAAUCGCCGAGCUUGUACCAGAAGACGAAGCCGACAAGGAGAAUGCCCACAGAGAGCCUAGGGAGUCGGACGCAUUGCUUCAGGACCAGUCAAGCUCUCGUCAAUCAGAGGAGACUCCAGAUGACGCACGCACUGCAUUUAAGAAUAUCCUUUCAAUUCUGGAUGGUAUCAAGACCAUUCAGUUGAAUCUUGAAUUCCUUUACCGAAGCAACAAAGCCGAUAUCGCCAUUUUGAAUAAGAUUCGUGACAGUCUUGAGGCAAGGAACUCAAUUUUUCACACUGCAGUCACUCUUUCAAAUGCCUUCAUGCACGCGGGUACAACUCACGACAAAUUCUUCCGUGAUAAUUUGGAGUGGCUUGGAAAGGCUGUCAAUUGGUCUAAGUUCACGGCUACUGCCGCACUGGGUGUCAUUCACCGCGGUAACUUGAGCCAGGGCCAGAAGCUUCUGCAGCCCUACUUGCCCCGUGAGCACAUUGCUGGUGUCGGUGGAUCGGGCUCUGUCUACAGCCAAGGUGGUUCCCUCUACGCCUUUGGCCUUAUUUACGCCAAUCACGGUGGUAUGGCCGUGGAUCUUAUCCGCGAUCACUUCAAGAAGGCCACUGAGGAGGUUGUUCAACAUGGUGGUGCUUUGGGUCUAGGUGUGGCAGGUAUGGCUACUGGCGACGAGGGUAUUUAUGAGGACCUUCGAAACGUUCUAUACACCGACUCUGCCCUCAAUGGCGAAGCCGUUGGUCUUGCUAUGGGUCUCGUGAUGCUGGGAACUGGCAACAUGAAGGCAUUGGAGGACAUGAUUCAAUACGCCCAUGACACUCAGCACGAGAAGAUCGUCCGUGGUUUGGCCAUGGGUAUGGCUCUUAUCAUGUACGGUCGCCAGGAGGCUGCGGAUGAGUUGAUCAACGGUCUCCUUGGUGACCCCGACCCAACACUCCGUUACGGUGGUAUUAUGACCAUCGCUCUGGCAUACUGCGGUAGCGGUAGCAACAAGGCUGUUCGCAAGCUACUUCAUGUGGCCGUUAGCGACGUCAAUGAUGAUGUGCGACGAGUUGCAGUUCUGAGCUUGGGUUUCAUCUUGUUCCGCAAGCACCAGAGUGUUCCUCGAAUGGUCGAACUUCUCUCUGAGUCUUACAACCCACAUGUCCGCUAUGGUGCCGCCAUGGCCCUUGGUAUCUCUUGCGCUGGAACUGGAUUAGAUGAGGCCAUUGACCUUUUAGAGCCAAUGCUCAAGGACUCCACGGACUUUGUUCGCCAAGGUGCUCUUAUUUCUUUGGCCAUGGUUCUCGUUCAACAGAACGAGGCUAUGAACCCUCGUGUUACCAGUCUACGCAAAGCCAUGAUGAAGAUGAUUGGCGACCGCCACGAAGAUGCGAUGGCCAAGUUCGGUUGUGCUAUUGCUCUUGGUAUCAUUGAUGCUGGUGGCCGUAACUGCACUAUCAGCUUGCAGACGCAGACAGGUAACCUGAACAUGCCUGGUAUUGUCGGUGCUGCUGUUUUCGUGCAAUACUGGUACUGGUUCCCUCUCACCCACUUCCUGUCCCUCAGUUUUGCUCCCACCUCUGUGAUCGGAGUGGAUCAGAAGUUGGAGGUGCCCUACUUCAAGUUCCACAGCAACACCCGCCCUAGCCUGUUCGACUAUCCCCCCGAGCAGCAGGUUAAGACCGAGGAAGCCCCAGAGAAGGUGAAGACCGCUGUCCUCUCCACAACUGCCCAGGCCAAGCGUCGUGCACAGCGUCGGGAGAAGCAGGCUCGCCGCGAGAGUAUGGAUAUUGAUCAAACGCCGACCACCCCCAAGGUGUCAGACCAAUUGCCAGAGAAGAUGGACACAGAGGAGGCCGUUGCUCAGGAGGGUGAAGAACCUAAAGAAGGCGAGAAGUCUACUGGAGAGACACAGAAGAAGAAGGCCGAGCGGGAGAAGGUUGGGUACGAGCUGGACAAUAUGUCAAGAGUAUUGCCCACGCAGCUCAAAUACCUCACUUUCCCCGACCCGCGGUACGAGCCUGUUAAGAGGCCUACCGGAGGUGUCGUCGUUGUCCUCGACAAACAACCCGAGGAGCCUCGAGAGAUCGUUGAACUGAAGGCUAGCAAGGAGGUCCGUCAACCGGCACCUGCUGCUGAGACCCUCCAAGACCGUCUUCAAGCUGCCAUCGGCACUGCUGCUCUACAAACACCUCAAAGAGCCGGUGCUCGGGCUGCGAUGUCGAGCACUGGUGCCGCUGCAGCGGCAGGUGUUCUCACGGCCGCAGAUGAAGAUGAUGAAGGUGCGGAGGAUGCCCCUCUUCCAGAUGACUUCACAUACGAGACAGAUGGAGAGGAUGAGUGA